UAUAAUUAUUGGUCGAUGGUUCCAGCCUCUAGACCAAAGGGAGCUCGUGGUCCUCGCUCGCUUCGAUCCCGGAACGGAAGUCCGAAUUCUCACCGGCGGAGAAGGUCUGAUCCCGUCGCCGUCGCCGUCGAAGAUCCAAUCGGCAGUCGGCAUUUCCUUCCGUCGCUCUCCGAUCGAGAAACCCUAUCGAACAUGCCUUUCAGAGCGAUGAUGGAAGUCGAGCCGCCGAGCCCGGUCAGGUACUUGAUAGGAGCGGCGAUCAUGAUGGCGGGGGUGGUGCUGCCCGUGGGAUACAUGAUGUUCCGCAACAAGCGCGCGCCUUCCGCUUCUUCCUCCUCCUCCUCGUACUCCAAGCAGACGAGCAAAGUGUUGAUUUAGAGACAGAAUUUAAUUCUUUGAUUUGACAAGGCUUACUAAAUCCAAAAUAGAUUAGAAGGAAGGCUUUCGGAGGCCUGCAAAUUACAGUUGUAAAUGCUUUGGAACUUCAGUUCAUCAUACUGUUCGGAGUUUCACUUCAAGCUUAAGAUAGUGAGUGAAGAUGGUUUCUUCUGUGUUGUUUCCCAGUUUUGAUCGGUUUGCUACAUUGAUAAGUCCCAUUUGUGCCUCGUUUCUUAUGUCUUCUUGCUGUGGGGAGCUCUUGGAUGUGUUAUAGGUUCAGUUUCCACUGUAUCUGGGUGAUCCGUACUUUGCUGCAUACCAGCGGCUUUGUCAGUAGAAGCUCACCUUUGCUUGGGAAGAUGUACCAUCGAAUUGGUCUUUGCUGAUGACUAAUAUUAAGCAUUUGAAAUGAUCAGUUUGUUAUGCCAAAAUAAAUAAAUAAAUAAAUAAUCAGUUUGAAUGA